CUUCCAUGCCUCAGACAUGCCGAGGUUCGCUUUUCCCAGCUUGCCGAACACUGCGACCGACAUCAUCUUUCUCUUCCCCGGAAUCAUCAUCAUUGUUCUUCAACUGGCCUCUCCCCAGACGAUUCUCCAUUCUCUCCUCUUCUUUUCAAUAUUCUCCAACUCUUAUUUCCCUCCCCUUUUCCUCCCCCCCCCCUCUCUCUCUCUCUCUAUUCCUGUCCUUUCUUGUCGACCCUCAAAUCUAUUCCCCUCCCCCACUCUCCAUAAUUUGUUCACAAGAUGUCCGAGCUGCGGUUUGACAAUCAGACUGUUGUUGUCACAGGAGCUGGUGGUGGUUUGGGUAAGGCAUAUGCUCUGUUCUUUGCCUCAAGGGGAGCAAAUGUGGUUGUAAAUGAUCUGGGUGGUUCUCACCAGGGCGAGGGCAAAUCGAGCAAGGCUGCUGAUCUGGUUGUCGAAGAUAUCAAGGCUGCUGGCGGUAAGGCUGUUGCCAACUACGACAGCGUCGAGAACGGUGAAGCUAUCAUUGAUACAGCCAUCAAGACCUUUGGGCGGAUCGAUGUCCUCAUUAACAAUGCUGGUAUCCUUCGGGAUGUCAGCUUUAAAAACAUGAAAGAUCAGGAUUGGGAUCUGAUCAACACAGUCCACACCUAUGGUGCAUACAAGUGCGCAAGAGCUGCUUGGCCCCAUUUUAGGAAACAAAAGUAUGGUCGUGUCAUCAACACUGCUUCUGCAGCCGGUCUCUUCGGUAGCUUUGGCCAGGCCAACUACUCUGCUGCCAAACUUGGCCAGGUUGGUUUUACUGAGACCCUUGCAAAGGAGGGUGCCAAGUACAACAUUAUUGCCAACGUUAUUGCUCCCAUUGCCGCUAGCCGUAUGACUGCUACCGUGAUGCCCCCCGAGGUCUUGGAGAACCUCAAGCCCGACUGGGUGGUGCCUCUUGUUGCUGUCUUGGUCCACCCUUCCAACACCAAGGAGUCUGGCUCCAUCUUUGAAGUCGGCGGUGGCCAUGUUGCCAAGCUCCGUUGGGAACGUGCCAAGGGUGCUCUGCUCAAGCCCGAUGCUUCCUUGACUCCUGGUGCCCUUGCUAAGAAGUGGAACGACGUCAACGACUUCUCGCAGCCCAGUUAUCCUACUGGCCCGGCUAACUUCAUGGAGCUCCUCGAGGAUGGCUUGAAGCUCGGCUCGGCUCCCGCUGCAGAGGAGCCUGAUUUCAAGGGCAAGGUAGCCCUUGUCACUGGAGGCGGCAACGGUCUCGGCCGCGCAUACUGCCUUCUAUUCGCCAAGCUGGGUGCCUCUGUCGUCGUUAACGACCUGGUUGACCCCGAGCCUGUUGUCCAGGAGAUCAAGAAGCUCGGUGGAAUUGCUGUUGGCAACAAGGCCUCUUGCGAGGAUGGCGAUGCUGUUGUCAAGACUGCUAUUGAUGCUUUCGGACGUAUCGACAUCCUGGUCAACAACGCCGGGAUCCUCCGUGACAAGGCUUUCCACAACAUGAACGAUGACCUGUGGAAUCCUGUCAUCAACGUUCACCUUCGCGGAACUUACAAGGUUACCAAGGCUGCUUGGCCUUAUAUGCUUAAACAGAAGUAUGGCCGCAUUGUCAACACUGCUAGCACCAGCGGUAUUUAUGGAAACUUCGGUCAGGCUAACUAUGCUGCCGCUAAUCAGAAACUCGGUAUCCUUGGUUUCUCUCGCACUCUCGCUCUCGAGGGCGCCAAGUACAACAUCAAGGUCAAUACCAUUGCUCCCAACGCUGGUACCAACAUGACCCGCACUAUCAUGCCGGAGGAGAUGGUCCAGGCAUUCAAGCCUGACUACGUUGCGCCAUUGGUCGUCCUUCUCUGUUCUGAGAACGCUCCUGAGCCCUUCUCCACCAAGGGUCUGUUCGAGUGCGGCAGCGGCUGGUUCGGUCGUACCCGCUGGCAGCGCACUGGCGGCCACGGAUUCCCCGUGGAUGUGUCACUGACUCCCGAGGCUGUCAUCCAGGAGUGGAGCAAGAUCGUCACCUUUGACCGCCGUGCGGACCACCCCGAGGAUGCCCAAGCCGGUGCCGAGAAGGUUAUGGCUAACAUGGGCAACCGCAGCGACGGCAGCGGCAGCAAGAUCCUGGGCGCCAUCGAGGAAGCCAAACAGGCCACCACCGAUGGAACCCCCUUCGACUACACCGACCGCGACGUUAUCCUUUACAACCUGAGCUUGGGGGCCAAGCGCACCGAUCUUCCUCUCGUCUACGAGAACAGCGACAAUUUCCAGGCCCUUCCCACCUUUGGUGUGAUCCCCUGGUUCAACACCGCGACCCCCUGGAACAUGGAUGACAUCGUCCCGAACUUCUCCCCCAUGAUGCUGCUGCACGGUGAACAGUACAUGGAGAUCCGCAAAUUCCCCAUCCCCACGGAGGCCCAGACCCUCACUUUCCCCAAGCUCAUCGACGUCAUCGACAAGGGCGCCGCUGCUCUGGUGGUCGCCGGCUACACCACCAAGGACGCCAACACCGGCGAGGAACUCUUCUACAAUGAGUCUACAGUCUUCAUCCGCGGCAGCGGUGGCUUCGGCGGCUCUCCCAAGCCCACUGCUCCCCGUCCCAAGGGUGCUACUGCCGCCUACAAGCCUCCCCAGCGCAAGCCCGACGCCGUCGUCGAGGAGAAGACCUCGGAGGACCAGGCGGCCCUGUACCGCCUCAACGGCGACCGCAACCCUCUGCACAUCGACCCCGAAUUCAGUAAGGUUGGUGGGUUCAAGACGCCGAUUCUCCAUGGUCUCUGCUCGCUGGGUGUCUCUGGGAAGCACGUAUUCAGCAAGUUUGGCGCCUUCAAGAACCUCAAGGUCCGCUUUGCCGGUGUCGUUCUACCUGGCCAGACGCUGAAGACGGAGAUGUGGAAGGAGGGCAACACGGUGGUCUUCCAGACUACUGUUGUGGAGACAGGCAAGCCCGCGAUCUCUGGUGCAGGUGUUGAGCUGGUGGGAAAAGCCAAGGCCAAAUUGUAA